UCGCUCAUCAAGCCAAGCAGCAGCAGCUCGAUCAUCAUCACAAUAGAUUUGGGUGUCCGCUUUAUAAGUGACAGCCAGCCACUGAUUAGCAUUUAGUUGGUUUCUGUUAAUCGACAGACCUGGUGCUGCUCUUCAAAACCAAACCUUCAAUCGUACGAACUCGAGCCGAAAUGCGCGCGCUUAUUGUUACGUGCCUCUUGGGCGUAUCGCUGGCCAAGCCGCAAGGAUACAAUUACCAGGCGAGCCGCAUAACUGGCGGCUUGGCGGGUCUGCAGCAACAACAGCAAGGAGCAAGCCUGGAUGAACAACGACUGCUACAACAGGCACUGCAGGCACCCAAGGUUCAGCAGCUGCUGAGUACACAGCCGACACAGAGUCAGCAAGUCUUCCAGCAACCCCUGCAACAGCAGAUUCUCCAGCAACCACAACCGCAGCAGCAGCAGCUGAUCUUCCAGCAAUCGCAACCGCAAGUGCAGCAGCAGCAGAUCUUCCAGCAACCUCAGCAGCAACAGCAAAUUUUCCAGCAACAGACUUCCAACUUUGCUUACAAUCAACUGGCGCAACACCAGGCCUACAGCCCAGUUGUCUCAAAGGAUAUAUAUGUGCAUGUGCCACCCGCCGAGGAACCUGAGGAGCGUUAUCCACAGCCCGUGCUGCCUGCGGGUCCACCUCGCAAGCAUUAUCGCAUUGUGUUCAUCAAGGCACCCACAUCCAGUGUCAGUAAGGCAGCUGUGCGUGUUCAGCAGGCUCCUGUGGAGGAAAAGACCAUCAUCUAUGUGCUGACAAAGAAACCAGAUCCUCUUGAGCUGCAAACAGCCAUUGAAGAGGCAGCGCCCAAACCCAUAAGCAAACCAGAAGUAUUCUUUAUAAAGUACAAAACGCAGGAGGAAGCGGCGCAUGCGCAACGCACCAUACAAGCUCAAUACGAUCAGCUGGGCGGCACUACACAAGUAUCUGAUGAAGGUGUGGCACCGGUAACAUCGGUCAUCGGAUCCCUGGACAAUCAGCGUGGAGGUCUGUCAGUUGGUGGACUCGGAACAGCUGGCGCAGCUGUUGGAACUGGUUCAAUUGGUUCCAUAGGGGGUCUGACAGGCACAAUAUCCAACAAAUAUUUGCCCGCCCAUUUACGGACAUAGAAAAUUGACUGAAAUGAAAAGAAACGUUAUUGUUGUAGUUAACUAAGUAACAAAUUGUUAUUAUGUAUUGUAUGUGUGUAUAUA